AUGAGUUUAGAAAAUAGUAAUAUAGUAAAUUUCCAAAAAGAGGGAGCAAUAAUUGAAAAUGAAGGAAUAAAUUCAUCACAUGAAGAAGAUAAUCAUUCACAUUAUGAUGGAUUAAAAAAAAAUACUAUCGGUGUAAUUGAAUGUAUUGCAUUAUCAGUUGGUGGUAUUGGAUUGAGUGCAGCAACAUUUUUUGUUUAUCCAAAUAUUGCAGCAUCAGCAGGUACAAGUGUACCAUUUACAAUUUUUUUUGGUGCAUUAUGUUGUUUAACAGUAGCAAAUACAAUUAGUAUAUUUGGUAAAUAUAUUAGUAGUAGUUCAUCAUUUUUUGUUUAUAUUACAAAAGGAUUAGGAAAUGAAAUGGGAUUUUUAAGUGUUUGGAUUUUAAUGAUUGGAUAUUUAGCAAUUAUGAUGUCCGCAAUGUUUAUGUUUGUUGGUUCGCUUUCAGAUGUAAUAACAAGGCAUUCUGAUUUUCAUUGUCCAUGGAUAUUAAGUUUAUUAAUAGUGGUAACGAUAAUUCCAACGUUGGCAUAUAUUGGUAUUGAUGUUGUUUUGAAAACUAGUAUAAUUGCAAUGAUUUUAGAGACAUUGGUAAUUUUAGGAUUAUCAUUUACAAUUGUAAUUAAAGGUGGUGAUCAAGGUAAUUAUCCGUUGGCAUUCACACCAGUUGGCGAAUAUUCCGGAGGAGUUUCGGGUAUUGCCACUGGUUUGGUUUAUUGUACAUUCAUUUUCGUUGGAUUUGAAGGUGCCGCUACAUUAGGUCAAGAAACUAGAAAUCCAAAAAAGAAUAUACCAAUUGCAGUAUUUGGCUCAAUUGCAUUUGCUGCAACUUGGUUUAUAUGGGCAAUGUAUGCGUUGGUUGUUGCUGCUGGGCCUUCAAAUAUAUUUUCAAUUGAUACAAAUGAGUUUCCUGUUGGAAUUUAUGCAAAGAGAUAUAUUGGAUUUUGGUAUUCUGUUAUUAUUGAUAUUGCUGGUGUAGUUUCAACUUUUGGUGUAAUUAGUAGUUGGUUUAAUAUAGUUUUUAGAAUAAUUUAUUCAAUUGGUAAAACUAAAGAGAAAGGAAUUAUUUCAUGGUUUGGUAGAACAAAUCAAAAAUUUAAAACUCCACAUAAUGCAAUCAUUAGUUUAACUGGUUUUAUAAUUUUAAUGUCGUCAAUUAUUGUUGGUUCAACUAAAAGUAUUUAUACAGAAUCGAGUUGGGAAGUUUACAAUUAUAUUAGUUUUACUGGUACAAUUCCAAUUAUUUUAAUAUUUAUAAUUUCAAAUAUUGCAGUGAUUAGAUAUGUUAAAGUUUAUCAAUCAAAAGAUUUCCAACUUUUCAGACAUAUGAUUUUACCAAUAUUUAGUGCAAUUCUGUUCACUGUAAUUUUGGGUGGUAAUUUUUAUCCAUCACCAAAAUAUCCAAUUCCUUAUUUUUUAAUUGGGUUAGGAAUUUUAUUAUUAAUGGGUGUGUGUGUAAUGUUUUUUUUAUACCGUUUCAAUAAGGAAUAUUUAAAAAAUAUGCUAUAUCAAAUGAGUUUAUAA